AAAAAAGCAACAAUUAAUUCAAACUUACGACAGCUUUCAAUCUGACAAUCGUUUUUAAAGAGAUCAUUUGUUGCUAAUCGAAUUUAUAUUUAUAAAAUGCUGGAUCAAUCACCGAAAAUGGCGCAACACGCUUCGCCGCCUGUCCGCACCGGCGCCGGAGACAUCUCCGAGCGAGAACUGUCCCGCGAGUGGUACAGCCUCUCGACCACGCCCACUGCCCGUGUGCAGCCUGCGCACCCUCGCAAGCAGGUGCACUCAGUGCCGGUGAGCAAGUUCGGCCGCGGGCAGGCGCCGGGCCGCAACCUGCACCGCAUACGCAGCUGCCUCGAGGAGCUGAGCAAGCCGCCGCCGCCGCCCCGCGUCGCGCACAAAGCCGCCUCGCUGGAGGACCUUACGCCCAGCAAGAAACUAGCAAAGAGAAGGAAGGAGGCCGAGGGCGCAGUGUCUGGUGCGGGGAGGUGCUUGGGGCCGCGCGUGUUGGCGGAGGAGCAGGCGGCGGCGCGCGUGGCCCGCUUCAUGCUGCUGGCCGCGUGGCGCCGCCGCCGGCACGACCUGCGCUGUCUGCGUAAGACCCUCGAGGUCCAGGUGAGCAGCAGCGAGCGGCUGCGGGUGCAGGUGUGGGCGCUGAAGUCGCUGCUGGAGGCGGACGGCGGCAAGCUGCGGCUGGGGCUGCGCGAGCUGCAGCGCCUCAAGCAGCUGCUGCACGACAGGGACGCCGAGAAGGCCCUGCUAGAGAAGGAGAAGCGGGCGCUCGAAGGUGACGUGAGUGCGGCGGAGGACCGCGCCUCCGAAAUGAGCAUCGGCUGGCGCAACUGUCGCAACGAGCUGGAGGCGGCGGGCGCGGCGGCGCGGGCGCUGGAGCGCGCGCUGGCGCUGCAGCUGUCGGCGCAGGCGGAGCUGGCCGCGCAGCGCGACGCCGCCACGCAGUCGGUGUCGCGGCUGGGGGGCGAGGUGCGGCGCUGCGAGGCGCUGCUGGGCGCGCUGCAGGCGGAGGCGAGCGCGCUGUGCGCACAGCUGGCCGACAAGCAGCGCGCGCUGGACGCGGCCGCGCUGCAGCUGCACGCCGAGCGCCAGGCGCGCGGGCGCGGGGCGGGCGCGCGGCUGCGGCUGGCGGCGCGGCUGGCCCUGGCGCAGCGCGCGGCGGGUCAGCAGCGAGCGGCGCAGGCGCGGCUGGAGGCGGAGCUGGCUCAGCGCGACCACCAGCUGGUGGAGGCGCGCGCCCGCUGGCUGCCGCACCCGCUGCUCAGGCUGGCGGAGUGCGCACGCUGCUUGCUGCGGCCGCGGUGCUCCUUCCGCGACGUGUUCAUCUGGUCGCUGCUGGCGGCGCGCCGCGGCUGCUGA